AUACUGACGAGUGUCAGCAGAACCCCUGUAACAACGCUCACUGUCAGAACACACCUGGAAGCUACAGGUGUGUCUGUCACCAUGGUUACAGGCUCACCGGCAACACCUGCUCAGAUGUAGAUGAGUGUGUGGAUUCUCUGCUGUGUCCUGGUCAGGAGUGCAUCAACACUCAGGGCUCAUUCCGCUGUGCGUCCUGCCAGCCAGGGUUCGGACUGCUCAACGGGCUCUGCACAGAUAUCGACGAGUGCCGUCGCACUCCCUGCUCUAACGGCCGCUGUGAAAACACUCCUGGCAGCUACCGCUGUGUCUGUCGCCAUGGUUACAAGCUAGUGAACAACACCUGCACAGAUGUGGACGAGUGUGCAGAGCCUUCUCAGUGUCCCAGACAGAUGUGUGUGAACACUGUGGGGUCCUACAGGUGUGUGUCGUGUCGUCCAGGAUACACACUGACCAACAGACAGUGCACAGAUGUGGACGAGUGUGCGAGCGUUGGUGCCUGUGAAGCACAUCAGGUUUGCGUGAACACAGCCGGGUCGUUCAGGUGCAACUGUCAGCCUGGGUAUCGAAGCUCCGGCCUGGGGAGGCAGUGCCGAGACAUUAACGAAUGUUUGGAGGGAAACUUCUGCUUCUCCAGAGGAGAGUGUGUGAACACGCCUGGAUCAUACAUGUGUGUGUGUUCAGCUGGAUUCACACUGAGCGACAACCAAACGGCCUGCCUUGAUGUGGACGAGUGUGUGAGGUCAGGUGUGUGUUCAGACGGUCGCUGUGUGAACACUGAGGGCUCGUUUCAGUGCGAGUGUAGAACCGGCUUCACCAGCAAUCCUGAGAGGAACGCUUGCCUCGAUGUUGACGAGUGCGUCUCCUCCGGUGGUUCUGUCUGUGGGUCCCAGCGAUGUGAGAAUACGAUUGGCUCGUACCGCUGCCUGGUCACCUGUGAGCCCGGUUAUCAGGUGUCGUCUGACGGCCGCUGUGUAGAUGAGGACGAGUGUGUGUCUCAGCCUGGUGUGUGUGGCUCAGCUCGGUGUGAGWACCUUAGAGGAAGCUUCGUGUGUAAAUGUGUCAGAGCAGAAGAAACCUUCAACACAACCAGCAGAAAGUGUGUCACACCUGCAAAACCAGGCGGUUCCUCCUCAAGUGGUUCCUCCUCAGGUUCUUCCUCAGGUUCCUCCUCAGGUUCUUCGUCAGGUUCCUCCUCAGGUUCUUCGUCAGGUUCCUCCUCAGGUUCCUCCUCAGGUUCUUCCUCAGGUUCUUCCUCAAGAUCUUCCUCAGGUUCUUCCUCAGGUUCUUCCUCAGGUUCUUCCUCAGGUUCCUCCUCAGGUUCUUCCUCAGGUUCUUCCUCAUGUUCUUCCUCAGGUUCCUCCUCAGGUUCUUCCUCAGGUUCCUCCUCAGGUUUUUCCACCUCCUUCCAUGGUAGUACGGUGGACGUUGCUCCAGUGCUGCCCCCGCUGCCUGUGUCUGGUCCUGGGAAGGUCAGGGAGUGCUACUACAACCUGGCUGAUCAGGAGACCUGCAGCCUCCUGGCCUCCAACACCAGCCACCAGGAGUGCUGCUGCACUGUGGGGGAGGGCUGGGGGCUGGGCUGCCAGUACCACACCUGCCCACCUGUAGACACAGCUGAGUUCCUGUCUCUGUGUCCCAGUGGAAGAGGGUACGUAACACCAGGACCAGGAGCUUUCAGCUACAGAGAUGUGGAUGAGUGCAAACGUUUCCAUCCUGAGGUCUGUAAGAACGGAGUGUGUGUGAACAACAUUCCUGGGUACAGCUGCUACUGCUCCAGUGGAUUUGUUUACAACAGCGUGCUGCUGGAGUGUGUCGAUCAUGAUGAGUGCGAGGAGGAGAGCUGUGUGGGAGGACUUUGUGUCAACACAGUGGGUUCAUAUUUCUGCAGCUGUCCGCCUCCUUUGGUGCUCGAUGACACCCAGAGGAACUGUGUCAACGCCUCCCACCUCACUGUGGAUGAGAACCUGUCUGUGUGCUGGCAGCACGUCUCUGCAGACCUGCUGUGUCAGAGUCCUCUGCUUGGAGCUCAGGUCACUUUCAUCGACUGCUGCUGUUUUUAUGGGGAGGGCUGGGGGAUGGGCUGUGCCCUCUGCCCCGCCACCGACUCUGAGGACUACGCCUCUCUGUGCAGCUCCUUUUCUGCUCCGGUCUUUUCUGAGGUUUUUCCAGAGUCUGGUGGAUCUGAAUCUUCAGCAGGUCGAGGAGGACCCACCGGACCCCGCUACAGUCCGGACUUCUUCCCUCCAGUGUUGGCUCCCAGCAGAGACUUCAGUCGUCCUGAUUAUGAUGAUUACUCCCCAGCAGGGGGCAGCAGGUCCAGCAUUAGGGGGAGGACACCAACCUAUGGUCCUUCAGAUGAAACCUAUGAAGGCUCUGAGUUCAGUAAUUAUUAUUCUGAAGGAGAUUAUGGAUCCCCUGACAGCUCUCCUCCCAGGACUCCAUCCUUCCGCCUCCCCCCAGACCCCCGAUCUGAGAUCGGGUUUGGGUCCCGGCCUCUUCCUCCAUCCCGGUCCGACUUACCUCCUCUGAACCUGGCUCCGCUGCCUGGAUCUCCUUAUAUGAUCCAGGAGGAGGAGGAGGAGGAGAGGACAUGGAGGCCAGGCCCGAGGUUCCCCCCCCUCACCGACCGGAGCCGAGGAGGAGGAGGACCACGGAGGGUGUAUGAGCGACGUUACGAGACGUACGCCGGCCUGAAUGCAGCAGAGGACUGUGGGAUACUCCACGGCUGUGAGAACGGCAGGUGUAUCCGUGUCACCGAGGGUUACACCUGUGACUGUUACCCAGGAUACGAGCUGGAUUUGACCUCCAUGACCUGCAUCGAUCUGAAUGAGUGUGAGGACGUCACCGGACAACAGUUCCCGUGUGUGAAUGCCCGCUGUGUGAACACCGAGGGCUCGUUCCGCUGCGUCUGCAGGAGAGGAUACGUCAUGUCCCGCAGACCCAACCACUGCGUCGCUGCUUAGACCGGACCAGAC